GGGAAGGAGGGCAAGGCCAUCAUGCCGCCCAGAGCGACGGCAUCUCGAGAGGAGAGGAUGGGCCACUCAUAGACUCUCCGCCGUGCAGACCGCGCCUUUUCCCACCGUUGGGAAAAGCUCAUCGACUACCCGCGCGCUCCUUCGGCAAAGGGAAGCGCUGCUCUUCUUGGGAAGAGGGUGGGACUCUCAGCCGCCCGCCACGCUCGCCUCUUGCCUGUCCCUUCCCCUAAACGAGGUGCCCGAGAGCGAGCGCUGCCUGCCUGACAAGUCGCGCUGGACUCAAUCUGAGGCGAGGACUAGUCGGCGCCCGUUUCAAGAAAACACACUGGAGAAUGUUCAUCUUCAGUAGCAAGUAUAUAUAAUUAUGAACAGUUAUUUACUUUCUUCCUCUUUAAAUAACAAGCCCACAGUUACCAUCUUCAUUAUUUGCUCAUAUCUACUACAAGUACAGACCAAACAUGAUGUUUUUUUGAGUGCUGCGCUUGCGGACCUGAAAAAAAUUAAAACCUGUUCUGAGAUCGAUGCCUCUUUGUAUACUGCAGAAAUGACUGAUCAUAGUGAAUGUAAAGCAUCAGUGAUGAAUUGCUUUAUCCUCGAAAUGGAAGUAAUUUGGUAUGAAUCUAAGUACGCAAGUGAUAAGACAUUCACCAAUACUGUGCUUAAAGUGCUGAAAAAUGUCCGCAAACAUUUGCAAGUUGAAAAUCAGAGCAAUAGAACAUCCACAUGCCAAAAAUGUGAAACAUUUGGAGAAAAAAAAUGUACAGAAUUUUUAAAAAGAUUUGAAAUUUUUAUAAAACAAUUUUAUAAACUAGAAGAAAAAAAACAAAACUCAUAACAGUGUCAAGAAGGCAUAUAAUGAGAUUCCUGAAGCAGGAAGGACCUCAAAAGCAAGAAAUAUAGAAUACAAUACGGACAAAGUAGAAUUAGCAACAAGUUUGCAAACUUGAUUACUUUCAUGUGCAUCUAAUCUUCAGGAGGUUUUUUUAAAAUAACGCUUACAUAGCAGGUGUAAACCUAUUAUGAUACAAAAAUAGUUAAAUAUUUGUCCUUGUUUGUGUAUGUGUGUGUGAAUUAGAAAAUGGUCCAUUCAAGCAACUUAUAUAGUAAGAAAUGUAACUAGAAGUAAUUAAUAACAAUUGAGAUAUUGUCAGUAAUAACAGCAGAGAGUAAUUUUCUGUUCUUCAUUUAGACUGACUGACUGUAUUUCUCUAGUUUUUAUGAUGUGAAUUCUUUUGAAGUCCUUAAUAUACCAUGUUAAUUGAAUAGGGCCACAUUUCUAGUAGAUUUUACAUGGUUACACCUAACAUGAGGGAAAAGAGCUUAAAUUAUGAGGCAAGAUUUUUCUGAAACAUGAUUCACGGAGCAUUUAAUGAUUUCUUCUGAUUAAAAGGACUGAGAGCUGAAUCCAAAUUUGUGAGAUGGCAGAUGGGGAUGAUCUAUAGAAUGUAAGUAUUGUGUUUUAUUAUGAACACUAAAAUGGCACUGUUCAGCUGACAUGGUUACCCAAAGAAGAUCCAGUAUUCUCUUGCUAUUUAUAAAGAUUUUUGCUUUUCCUAUUAAAGGGUGUUAGUGCAGUA